AUGACUUUUGAGAGCCAAAUGUUUCAGGAAAUAUAUUCCAGCAACCUGUCCUUGCUCCAGCCACUGACAGUUUUGCUGCUGCUGGCUUUUGCAGAUGGGCUAGCUGCAGAUCUUCCAAAGGCAGUGGUGAACUUGGAGCCACCAUGGGUCAAUGUCCUCCGAGAGGAUAACGUGACUCUGAAGUGCCAAGGGACUCACACCCUUGGGGACGACUCCACCCAGUGGUUCCACAGAGGGAGCCCCAUCCCAACUCAGGUCCAGCCCAGCUACAGCUUUAAGGCCACCAUCAAUGACAGCGGGGAGUACAGGUGCCAGACAGGUCACAGCAGCCUCAGCGACCCUGUGCAGCUGGACGUGUCUUCUGAUUGGCUGCUACUCCAGACCCCUCACCUGGUGUUUGAGGAGGGAGAGCCCAUCGUGCUGAGAUGCCACAGCUGGAGGAACAAGCCUCUGUACAAGGUCACAUUCUUCCAGAAUGGAAAAUCCAAGAAGUAUUCUCAUGCAAAUUCUAACUUCUCUAUCCCACGAGCAAAUGUCAGUCACAGUGGAGAUUACCACUGUACAGGAGUACUAGGGCAGCUGCACCACUCACAGCCUGUGACCAUCACUGUCCAAGGUUCAACAAGUCCAUCCAUCUCAUCAUUCCUUCUAUUUUGGCAUCAAGUCACUUUAUUCCCGGUGAUGGUACUGCUGUUUAUAGUGGACACGAUCCUGUAUCUCUCUUUGCAGAGAGACCUUCAAAGCUCAAGGGGCAACUGGAGGAACCACAAAGUCAAAUGGAGCCAGGGCCCUUAG